UGUAAUUUAGGUUAUAAAUUUCUUUCUAUACAUCCUCCAAGUUUUUUUUUUUAGCCGCCAUAUUUAUAAGUUAACCUACAAAUUAGGUAACUUGGUAAUCAAAAAUAUGUUUGAUCGAUAAUACAGUAACCUUUGUUAAAGAAAAUUUUAUUUUAUAAAAGUACGGAAUACACGAGUGAAAUUUUAAUUAUAAUCAACAAAAAAAAAAAAAGGAAAAAAAUAUGUCAGCACAUCGAAAAGAAAAUUUGGAUUUCGUCGAACGAGCCGAAAUUCCUAGAAAUUUUCUCGAAGGCGUUAAAGAAUUGUAUUUGUCCAAACAAGAGGAACGGGAUAUCAAAAAAUAUCCGGAAUGGGACGUUCCGAGAAUUUCACCGGCAUUCGAAUUAAUAAAAACAUUUCGCGAUUUGAAUAUUUCUGAAAAUAAAUUACGUGAAAAAUGGAACGAACAAGAAAUCGAAAGAAAGGAAAUGGACGCCCAAUGGAAGGAAUUACGUGAACAGGAAUUAAUUUUUCGAGAAUCGUUCAUUAAAUAUAAUAAUUUUGUUAAAGAGAAUCAAGAAAAACGGCAACGCUCGAAACAAAAAAUUCUAGGAGAGCGGGAAAGACAAAAGCAAUAUCAGACAGAUAUUGAAAAUUUACAAGAGAGAUUGAAUUAUAUGAAAGGAAUUCGUGAGAAGAUGGAAAAAUAUGUUGGAAUAUAUAAAAAGUAUCAAGAUUAUCUCGAAAAAGUUAUCAGCGAGACAAAACAGUUUAGAUCGAUAACAGAAAUUUUUGAACGUUAUGAAAAUUUGAUCGAAGUUAAAAGAUCAUUAUCCGAGCAGCAAGAGAAAAAUAUUGAAUUAUUGGAGGAGACCGAAGCAGAGAUAUAUCGCAUGACGGAAGCCAAGUCGCAGACAUUAAUCAGAUUGAACAACAAAUUGUCAACGCUUCAAGGAAGAUACGAGAAAGCGAAGAUCGAAGUAUUAAAAUGGGAAAUGUUAAUCACUAAAAUAAAAGAGGCAGCCAUAGGGAAAUAUUUAGAAUUGGCAAGAGUUAAAGAUUGUAGUAAAAAUAUUUAUCAUCAGAUAUGUAAAAGAAAGGAAAGAUUACCAAUAUUAGAUGACAAUGAUAUUGAACAUCAAUUGCUCGAAAUCAAACAUUCCGGUUGGACACGGACGAUGAAGAAGAAGGUCUAAAGUUUGCGUCAUUUAAUUUUGCCAUAAGCGUGAACUCAUAAAAAAUAUUGAGAUAAAUACAUUUAAAGUUGAGGAAUGUGAGUAUACCAUUGACUACCACCCGGCUGAAUAUGAUCUAUAAUGAUUUCCGUGCGAUCGACUCAGGUGGCUGCCCGGCCGCCAGGUGUCGAGCGUAGUGGUGGUAAAAGCGUAGUGGUGGGGGAAGAGCGUUACAUUAGAACGUAGGAGUCGGUCGCGCGUGCGAUUAGUUCGCAGACGGUGGGGAAGGUCGACGGGUCGAUCGGUAAUACAAAGGUGAAACCUUUGCCAAGCCGUUCACACGUUAGAAUAAAUCGAUUAUGCUGUAUAACGUUUAACUAUGAUCUUUAUUCUGAAUAUUCUAGAAUAUAUGGUUAUGAAUUAAGAAAAUGAACAAUA